AGCCUUGUACAAGCUGCGAAAAUUGGUGUCACACUGUCAAUCAUUGUUGUGAUAACCUAACAGGUUACCGGUAUCGGUCACUGGACUCACGAGUGGCGCUGCACUGGUUGGACUGCGCAGCAUGACGCAGCAGUUUGGCAGCAGUUGCGGAACACUUAAGACUAUCAGCUUCAACAGCACGUCGACGCACUAAGUACUAGUAACUGGUGUGUGGAACAAACGCCGACAUGAUAAUCGUUGAAACGAACUCGAUGCGCACAGACGAUAAAGGCAACAGUCAGAGGGCCGCAGGACACCGUGAAGAGGGUUCAAGCUCAAGUACUACAAGACCAUCGCCCCCUCCACCGUAUACUUCCCAAACAUCUUAUCAACCCACAACGGGCGUUAUUCUAGUCGCAUAUCGCCCGUCACCAGCACAGCGUUUCUGGAAAGCUUUCGGUGUUGCUGUACUUAUCUGGUUCCUCGUCGCUGCGUUCACCAACUCUGCCGUUGACAUGGCUUUCAAUCAUGCAUCUCGACACUUCCGGACUGGUGAGCCACCUCAUCCUGCGCCACAAGAUGGCACCGUCCAUCACUGCAUCAGUGGCCCUGACUGGACAUUGUCCAACCAAGGCUUGAGCCACUUUCCCAAUUGUGCCGAAUCAUUCCUAGAGUUCCCCGUUGAUUCUGAUGCAAUCUACCUGUUCACGAGGGGCUCUCAGCAAUCCGGUCGUAUUGAUAUCGUGCAGUCCACCGAACCGACAGAUAAAGUUGGUGUGCAUGUGCGGGUCGGCUAUCACGCUCGUGAAAUGCUGGACCACGCCAAUGUUUGUCAUAUCGAACGAAAGACAAAUGAGCAUGGUAUUGGUAUCCUUACGCCCGCCUCGUCCUUCCCUGGCAAUGGACAGCUACGAUUUGAAGUGAAGAUCACGCUACCCGCCGGGAAAAAUGGAGAUGCUCUACACAUCAAAGCAUUCGAGACGGAUACAUCUAAUUACAAUCAAGAUAUCGCAGAUGUCUGGAACACCAUCUCCUUCGAUAGGCUAUCACUCAAAACAUCGAAUGGCCACAUAAGUGCAAAGUCUGUCACAGUCGAGCAUGGUUUGAUCCGCUCUAGCAAUGGCGCCAUCAGAGGGCAUUUCAAUAGUUCCUCUUCUCUCAAGCUCACAACUUCAAAUGGCCCCAUUCAAACGUCUGUUUCGCUCCUCAACCGAGAGAAUGGAAUUGUCAGCGAGCUCAAGAUGACAACAAGCAACGGUAAAAUUGAUGCCAGCGUGGAUCUUAUCACACAUUCUGGCCAUGGCGGUAUUUUCGACGUCGAAACGCGUACUUCAAAUGGGCCCGUCACCCUUGAAUAUACCGAUGUGCCCGUCGACUCAAUCCUCAGGUCGGAAACGCGCUCUUCAAACGCAGCAAUGAGCGUCAAGUUGCACAGCACUUUCCAGGGCUCGUUCGACGUAGAUACUUCUAAUGCGGCAGCCAUGCUCAAGGAGCUACCUGUUGAAGAUCCUUCAGGACAGGGACGUCGCAGGAAGGUGACUCAGAGACGAGAGAGAUAUCGCCUCCGAGGGUCUGCCUAUUGGGGCGAGAGCAAAGAGAUCGAAGGGCACGCUACUAUUAAAACGUCGAAUGGUCGUGUAGAAUUGGUGAUCUGAGCUUGGAGUAUAUCAGCUUGUUUAUGUACUUGUAUUAGUGUUUUUGCGUUCCAUUGUGAUAUUGUGUCCGAAUAUAUUGUCGAAGUCUGGAUGGAGUGCGUAGCACAGCCACA